AUGGCUACGGUCGGGAGUCAGUUGAAGAAGUCUAGUGUCAGUGGUUUAGGACGGAGUAAGGAAGAAGGAGAAAUGCCAGAUGAAGAGCAGCUGGCACAAAGUAUGAAGCAGCUGAAUCUCCUACACAUCAAGUGCCGGGAGUUGAGAACGACUAUUCAACGCAUGCUCGAGGCUAUUCCGAAUAACUCUACUGCUGAGGAAGUCUAUGAGUGUUUCGUCAAGUCAGUCGGCGCCGCGAGUACUCAGAUUAAAGACUUUAAUACCCUUUACAACAGCGAGGAGAGUAAGAGGGUACUUGACCAAGCUAAGAGGAGUCGCGAUGCCAACCCUAAAGGCAUCAAACCUUGGCGUGCUAAAGAUCACCCCGACUGGUUGGAUCUUGCUCAAUAG